AUGGGUGAUUUGACGAACGGUAAUAGCAUAGACGACCGAGGUCUAUCGGUCGUUCCUCGUAGAGAGGAGGACAUCAAAGUUGUAUUUCACAAAGUUGGGGAUGACGACGACGAUGAACACACUACUGAGAGGGUUCAUUUACAAAGUAACAGUCAUGAUGAGAGGGGUAAUGAUGAGGAUGCAAGGACUAGAACAAUGGAAAGCAGCGCGAAGCAAAUAUUAUGUCCUCUUCUGUAUUGUAGAACUGGCGGCGGCGAGGAUCCCAUCUCAACGGACGCAGAAGACACAGUUACCAAAGGUAGCCUUCAAGCUAAAGUUGGAGAGAAUGUAUAUAAUUUCGCUAUCUUAAGAGAUCUACUAACGCAACCACUUGUUUGUUGUGUAUUAAUAUAGUCCAUUGUAUGACUGGAUCUGCUUCCAUCUAGUUGAAGUGAUGAACUUUGAGAUAGAUGGAGAAAUUAGAAAUGAGAAGCAUUGGCGUAGCCAAUGACGAACUCCGUAGCAGCACGUUAUGUAACUGACGUAAUCGCUGUUCUCAAAUUACCGAAUUACUUUACUGAUAAUCAUACAUUUUGCCGCACAAGCCCUUUCAUUUUAAACUAGCUAAUAAUAGCCUAAAUAUUGCAACAUUGUGGCCGCUUCACCUCUCACUUUCAUCAGUCUGAUUAUUAAUUAUUGAAUGUAAUCCGGUUUAACAUUUUCAUCAUCCUCAAAGGGGAUGACGAGGCAUUUUCCCACCAGGAACAAUUCUAUUAUGUGGCUGUAACUUCCUGAAUAGUGUUCCCAAUUUCUGCACCAGAAAACACCUAGUCAUUUAUUAGUUUUUCUUUUCAACAUAGGCUCCUCAUUUGUAAUUUAUUUAGGUAUGAUGACAAAAUUUGAAAGAAUGAACACCUAGCCCACAGGGUGUAAAUCAAACUCACAAAGAAGCCUCUAACAAUGGUGUUGUCUGUUCUCAGAUUAGUCAUAUUCUUCUGCAUGUCUAGUCAGUACAAUUUCCCAUUAUUCUUCCUGUUCAAUUUGAGUCACCCGCCAAUUAGAGGACAUGGGUUCAUGGCACUCUUUCUAUGUAAAGCAAAAAAACAUGAGCAAUCAGUGGGUACAGUGUGUGACAGGCCAACUUUCAGGUUUAUCUAGUAAUAUUCCUGCAGUUUUUACAGCUUGUCAAAAGGUUUUCUGUAGCUGUAAGCCUUAGCAGGGAUUUUCUUCAACAAAGGAGCUUUUGAUAUCACAUUUGAAUACUGUACCUCUUCCUCCUCCCAUUUCACAAUUUCAGACAAACAAAUAUUACAUUCUGUUGUAGUAGUAGGUUAAUGUUCAGUUCCAGACAAGCUAUUUUAACCAGUUCAUGUGUCCUCUGUCCUCAGAGAAAAAGCAUUGUCCAGGACUGGGCCUGUUCUAUGGCCUGCUGGCUACAGUGUUCUUCUCCGUUAUAGCUCUUCUGGUGAAGACAAUAGAUGGAGUCCAUGCUGUAGAAAUCAGUGCCAUUCGCUGCUUCUUCCAGAUGCUGUUUGUGAUGCCUAUGCUUAUCUAUCACAAGUACGUUAUUACAAAACAGUAUUUAACUGUAUUGAACAACUUGACCCCGUGACCCCUGAUAUUUACAUACAAAUAUUUCACAAUUUCCUGUUUUUUAGGACUGGCUUCCUUGGACCAAGAGACAAGCGGGUCUAUUUGGUGAUGAGAGGAUUCUUGGGUUCCAACGCCAUGAUCCUAUUGUACUAUGCAGUGCAGCAGAUGCCCCUGGCUGAUGCAACAGUCAUCAUGUUCAGCAACCCAGUGUUCACCGCCUUGCUAGCCUGGAUCUUCCUCAAAGAGAAAUGCACAAUCUGGGACUGUGUCUUCACUGUCUUCACCCUGGCUGGUGUCAUAAUGAUAGCCAGGCCCCCCUUCAUAUUUGGUGCUCGUAUAGAGGGAAUAGAGGGAGACUACACCAAUCAUCUCAAGGGGACUAUUGCAGCCUUCGGUGGAGCGAUAGGAGCAGCCUGCACUUUCGUUAUACUAAGGAAAAUGGGCAAAAGUGUCCACUACUAUCUGUCCGUGUGGUACUAUGCAGUCAUUGGUUUCAUUGAGUGUGUCAUCACUUUGUUUAUACUUGGUGAAUGGACCAUUCCAUUCUGUGGGAGAGACAGGUGGAUCCUUAUGCUGAUAGCAAUCCUGGGCAUCGCUGGCCAAACAUUCCUCACCAAAGCACUCCAGAUUGAGAAGGCCGGCCCUGUGGCCUUGAUGAGGACCGUCGACGUGGUCCUAGCCUUUAUUUUCCAGUUCAUUUUUUUCAACCGAAAGCCCACCAUGUGGAGUCUCGGUGGGGCGUGUUGUGUGGUCGUCAGCACUUGUGGUGUGGCGCUAAGGAAGUGGUACAGCAACACACACCCAAGAAAGAGCUGA